AUGCACGCACACACACACGCCCAGGUGGUCCACGACCUGAACAAGGACCCCACCCUGCCGUUCCCUGACGCCUCCUUUGACGUGGUGACCAACGCGGUGAGCGUCGACUACCUCAACCGCCCCCUGGAGGUUUUCAGGGAGAUCCACCGCGUGCUGAAGCCGGGCGGCCGCGCUAUCAUGAGCUUCAGCAACAGGUGCUUCCCCACCAAGGCCAUCGCCCUGUGGACGGCCACUGGCGACUUGGACCACAUCUGGAUCGUCGGCUCCUACUUCCACUACUCGGUCCCCGGCGGCUUCGACGCCCCCACGGCGCGCGACAUUACGCCCCGCCCCAAGGGGCCGUUUGGCGGCGCGGGUGACCCGAUGUACAUUGUCACGGCCACCAAGGCACAGGAGGCGUGA